CAAGUAACAGCUAAUAUAUUUAAAUACUGAGAUCGACUAUUAAGAAUAAUAUAUAUUUUAGGACAGGAUGGAUGAUAGUGAAGAUUUUGAAUCAUGUGACUUUGCAAAUAUAUCGGAGCAGGCUCCUGAGCCAGCUUUGGAGCCGGAGUUAAUGGGAAUUUUGCCACCAGAUCACCCGCUCUUGCGAAAGUUUCAACAAUCCUUAAAGGAGCAUCUUUUGCGUACAAAAAACAAGUUACAAAAUGAGAUUACUGAUAUAAAAUACCAAGUAAAGGUAAAGGAAGAACUGCGGGAGGAACAGGGCCUGGCAUUAUAUGAUAUGCAAAAUAAAAUUUCAUUCCAAGAACAACAAAUUAAAGAGAUAUCUACCCAAAUAGAUGAGCACAUUGAUAAGCGGCAAAAAGAAGAAACUGUUGUGGCACAAUUAAAGAAAGAAUAUGACGAGAAAAUUAAAUUUACAAGAACUCAAAAGACAUUAUAUCAUAAUCGAAUGAUGGAACUAGAAGACCUACAAAGUCUACGAUCUAAUAUCAAAAAAUGGGCUUACGAUGUUGAGGACGAAGUUAAGAAUGCAAAGCGUAUUGUAAGCAGGGAUGCACAGCUACAAAAACAACUAUCGGAGGAGAAAAGAAAAUCUGACAUAAUGUAUUAUCGGCUUGAUAUGGAAGUGAAAAAGAAAGAGGCCGAACUACAGUCAAUUUGCGAUGAUGAAAUUUCUAUCAAGGAUGUGGUGAAUGUGCUAAACAUGAGCAUUGCAGACGCCAACACAGAUCUGGAAGCCUUGCAAAAUGAGCAUAAGCGCUUGAUUCAAGCCUGGAGUGAAGUUAUAAUAGCGAUCCAGCUAAGGGACAAGAUAUUAUUUCAAGUUCAGGAUAACAUAGGCAAGCAAAGGGAGUCGAUAAAGCUCAAUUCUAAUGGCAUAGACGCUGUUAAGAAGCAAAUAUCAAGAGAGCUAGAACUCAAUAAAAAACUGGAAUCUUUUAAACAGCGAUUGGCAGAUAGUAUGAGUAGCUUGAGUCGUGAUUGUCAACGCGAGAUGGAAAAUGUUAUGGGCUUGCAGACAAAACUUGAUGAAUUACCGGACUUUUUGGCACAAACGGAAGCUGAUUUGCAAGAAGCCACGCGCGAGGGUACCAAGAUAUCGACAGAGAUACGUCGACUAGACCAUGUGCUAGAUAAAAACCAUCUAAAAAAGUUUCGCACUGAAGAAGCUAUCCUUAAUUUGGCACAAGACCAGCUUAUAACGGACAAAGCCAGCGCUUAUCGUUUGAAAUUAUUGAAUAAGGCUCAAGAGCAGCGUCGAGUUGUGGAUUUAUCAUUGUCCAAAGUGCAAAAUCAAUUGGGAAUGGCUAUGCUUGAUGUGGAAAAACUUCGUAGCACUUUAUUCAAAAUUAAGAAAGACAACGAUAAGAUUAAAAACAAUCUGGAUAAGGCUGAAGAUAAAUCUAACAAUUUGGAUAACGACUUGAAAAAAAUGCAAGCCCAAAUCGACGUUAAGAUGAACAAACUCGAAAAACUGAACGCCCAAGUUGAAGAGAUUCAAAAUGCCUUCGGAGAAGAUGGCAUGAAUCCAACUGAAAUUAAGAUGAAACAAAUUGAAAAACAAAUUAUGGUUGGAGAGCAUCAAAUUAGAGAGCAUCAACAAUUCUGGAUUAUGCUUCAAAAUCAUUUUGUCAAUUUGACUCAUAAACGAAGUGAUCAACUUAAUGAAAUACAAGUAACACGGAAGCAGCUAUCAAUCAUCAAGCAAAAAUCGUUGAAAGUGGAACAGGAGCUAGAAAUAGCAGAAAGCAAGACCAAAGAUUUAAGGCUGGAUAUUCAAAAAUUUACAUCAAAAUUGGAAUUGCUCAAUGAAAAAAUUUAUACUAAACGCAAAAACCAUGAGAUCGAGGAGAGUGAAUAUGAGCAUGAGCAAUUUGAUCUAAGUCAGAAGCUCAAGGACACUGAAGUCGAUACGCUAAGAUUGGAGAAAGAAAUUGGUGAAUUACAAAAUGAAAUUGAACUUAAUAAAGAUUUCGUAUUGGAUAGUCAUCGAGAGGCUUUGUCCUGGGAAACCAAACACAAGUUGAUUGAGGAGACAAUAAAUUGGACAAAGACCGAAAAGUCUUUGAAUGGUGAAAUUGGCGCUAUGAAAAUAGAAAUACAUAGAAUGAACAUACGCUUUAAUCAAUUAAAGCGUGCUCAAGAAAAGCUAGUGCAGGACCUGGAGCAUUGUGUAAUGCAUCGGGAGCAAAUUUUUGUAAGCGCAACCGUCAAGGAGCAUGUGGAUGCGAAAAAGAAAAAGCUUAAGAACUCUUCACAGGCCCAAGUGAAACUGGAUGAGCUUCGCAACAAAGCAAAGUCUGUACAAAACGAAAUAAACUUUUUAUCAGAUAAGCGUUUAGUAGAUGACAUAAGCAAUAUUGAGCGCAUGGUUUAUAUACUUCGAAAAAUUCAAAUUGAUCUUAAGCAAGUCACAGAUAAGGAGGAGUCCAUAUGCGCACAAAUUGAGGAGGCAACGCUUUUGAAACACGCCAAUUUGGAGCAGAUAGUUCGCAGACAGACCCGCGCCAAAGCAUUCCGAAGACUCAGCGUGUCCAAAAGCCAGCAGAAGCCAUUGCGCUCGGAGAGCAGUAUGCAACUGCAGUUGCAAAACCAAAUCGAAAUGAACGACACAUUGAUGGAAAUAGUGCAAACCUUAACAGCUGACUAUCCUGAUAAAAAGAAUUUCUUUACAAAAGUGGUUCACAUUUUGAGAGAGUAACUCGAUUAUAAUUAAAUAAAAGCAUGGAUGAAAAGCCUUACA